AUGCAGGAGAAGUCUCUGGCCUCUGAUGAUGUAUUAGCUCACUUCUUCAACGAUUUCUUAAGUCUGCCGUCUUUCCCAGAGUCUUUGCUGUACAACCAGGAGACCGGGCAGUUUGAGGUAGUGAGCGGGGCGGCUGAAUUUGUCUCCAGAAGAAUCAGAUCAGUCCUUCACCGUAACAAAUCACAGCUCCUUACAGGUGACCCCACAGUGCUGGCCAAAAUCCCUCCAGUAGACAACCAUUACACUGUCUGUUGUUUGGAUGGGGAGCGAGGAAUUCAGUGGAUCAUGAGGGAAAGACUCCCCUUUUUCCUUCAAAGUGAUUGCUACAAUGAAUACAGGUAGUCUAAGUGUUUGGUGCUUUGCAUUCGGACCUACAUACUAGCCAAGCUGUUGUUUCAGAGGAACCCUUGUAUCCAGAGGAGGAAAGGCAGUUCAGGUCGAACCACCCAGUCAGCCCCACAACUGCGUUUUGCCUCCCAAUCUGACAAGGAAAGAAACAAAGCACUGACAGUCCUAUCAUGCUCACGUUCCCAAGACAACAUUUCAGCAAAAGGGUCAAAAGGGAUGCACAAUGUUACACGUUUGCCCUCUGGCCAGAAGGAACAUGUCCUCACAAAGAGCAGUGAAUCAUCCGGAUAUUUCUCCAGCUGUUCUGAGCUAGAGAACCCAUGUACCUUUUCCUCUUUGUCCCACUCAUGUUCUUCCUCCGCUACCCUCAAAUGUCAAGAAACCCAGGAAGUCCAGAGCUCACAACCAGAGCUGAGCCUCUACUUCAUCGAGUUGUCAGCUGGCCAGGAUUCUGAGUCCUCUGAAUUACAGCUGGAGCACCUGGCUGCAGAAGUGGUUAAACAGGUGCUUAACAAUGCACUGUACGUGACAGAUGGACAGAGCCAAACAAACACUUCUGACUGUUUGAGCAAGUCAGGAGACCAGACACAUUGUUGCAGCACAGACAGAUCGUGUGAAUGUAAAUUUUGCCAGCACUCUACUGACGGGGGCACAGAAAGGUUGACGGGGAAAAUUCAAGAAGGCAAGAGACGGAGUGGAGUGGAAGAAAAGACAGAGCGGUCUAAGAAGAACAGGGAGGCGGGGAGCAGAGGCACAGACCAGGAAAAUAUCCUUGAUAUUUGUUGCCAUGGUAACUGUUGCCAUGACAAUAGACAAUGCUUUGAUGAGUUGAAGGAGUUUUUGCGAGGAACGCCUGGAGAGAAACUGCUUAACCUCUGGACGGAUAUAGAGAGACUGAAAGCUACACAGAACAGAGAGCGAAAGAACAGGUAUUUGGUUGUGAUGAGGAGUCGAUACCUGCUGAGCAGCAGCCACAGCAGCCUCAAUGUGGAGCUGCUUUCCAAACUGGGCCUGACCACCUCCCCCUGCUGGACAGAGGAGAGACUGUGCUCAGUUCAGCCCUGCCUCACUGAGUCUCUGCUCUACUACUGGGUUCCUCGGUUCUGGACGUCCCAGUGUGUUCAGCAAAAAUGUGAUGACUCCCCUCAUCUUGAGCUGUGGACAGAGUGGUGUGUUAACCCUCCAUCAGACAUUCUGUCCCACCAUGACUCUGUGACUCUGCCUCCCCUGCGCCCUGACACCUGCCUUCAUCCGUCCCCCUACGCACUCCAUACACAGUUAUACUCCAGCAGAAGUCAGUUGCUGGGCAGCAGAAGAAUGGAAAGGAUGAUACAGGUGCUCUGUGCUGACUCGUGUGCCGGCUCAUACUUUACUAACUUCUGUGAACAAUCUGGAAACCAGCUGUGGGAGAAUGCGGUUCACUUUUGGACUGACCUGCAGCACUAUCAUGAGCUGUUUUAUCAGGAUGGACUGGACCCCUACAGAGUACAGAGAGAGGCGCAGCUCCUUUACUCCACCUAUCUCUUCAGCUGUGCUAGGAGGAGCAUCGGUGUCGAUGAGGGGAUCAGAAGGGAUGUGUACGACCAACUGAUGCCUGCAUUUGAGGAGCUGUUUGAUAAGGUCGAGGAACACGCACUGAGCAUCCUGCUGGAGCCGUGGACACUACUGGUCAGCAGGGACAAAGAGUCCUUCCAGGAGGUGCCUGUGCAGGAGGAGGAGCGCCGCAUCGACAGUCAGGAGUACAGGGAACUCCAGAGUCUGUACAAGGAAUCAGAGCGCCAAAUGAAACAGGUGGGGCAAUGUGGAUCCAUGCUAUUUUCCUCUCCUAUGACAUCUUCGACUCCCUUCUCGAAGGACCCCCAGGCGUCUGACUCCUGGUCCCAAGUGUCUCCAAAUUACCAAGGUUACCGCCUAGGUUCCUUACUUCGUCACCGCCAUGAGAUCGGCCACUUUAUGUCGUUCCUAAAGAACCAGGAUGCCAGUGUCCAUCUGACAUGCUGGCUGGAUAUGGAACAGUAUAAGAGGACUUCUCAGAAAGACGAGGCAGUCAGACAGGAGAGAUCGUCUCAUAUCGCAACCAAAUACCUCAACGGGAAGUACUUCUUCGGCCCUGACAGCCCCGCCACAACAGAGCAACAGAGUGAUAUAUUGCGUCUGGCAGGUGGACUGGAGCGUCUGAAGCUAGAGUGUCUCUCGAACCCAGUCGUUGCAGAGAUUCAGGACAUCAUCAGGAGUCACAUUGAGGAAAAAUGGCUGCCUCUGUUCCUGUCCACACCACAGUUCACAGAGAGACUGAAAGACAAACCAAAGCCCCAAGCAGCAGACAGGCUCGCACAGCACGUCUACCGUCGACGCAGAACGAGGAGAGAAGCCUGGAAGGCUGAGGGCCUGUGGAUGAGUUCCUCCAAAGAGAUCCUGCUCUUUCGACGGAUACUUCUUAACCCCGUCACUUGUAUGCAGUUCCAGCACUUUGUCUCUCUGAGGGGAGACUUCUUAGAAAAUGACGUGCUCUUCUGGCUGGAGGUGCAGAGAUACAAGGACCUCUGUCAUUCCCACAGCGACGAGGCCACCAUCCAGCACAAGAUCUCCACCAUCAUUAACUGUUUCAUCAACUCCUCCAUGCCCCCCACCCUGCAGAUAGACAUCCCUCCUGAACAGGCCCAGCACAUUCUGGAGAAACGCCAUGAGCUGGGCCCUUACAUCUUCAGAGAGGCACAGAUGUCAGUGUUCAGUGUGUUGCUGAAGUUUUGGCCCGAGUUUCAAGAGCUGAGCAACAGGGUCCAAGAGGAGCAACUUCUCCCUCUACUGCAGGAGAAACGGGUCAAACACAGAGCAAGAGUACAGAGACAGAGGAGAAAGGAGGAGGAGGAGGAAGAGGAGAGGAGGAGAGCUCAGGAAGAGCUGGAGAGGGCAGAGUCCACUUUCAGAGAGGAGGAAGAGACGGAUGAUGAAGACGGGGUAGAAGAGGAAGACCAAGAGGGAAGAAGUGGAAAAAAACAGUCGAGGAUACAGAGCAGAGGGCUGCUGACUCCCACACAGCCGUUGUCGUGGUCGUACUCCAAAUAUAUGGCAGCUCUGAGGAGGGAGGAGGUGCUGCUGAGGAGACAGAGUGAGCUGGAAGCCUCGUUCUCCACAGCCUCAGAGUCCUCGUUUGACUGCAGUGUCAGGUCAGCAGACAGUAAACACAGCCGCCAGCAGUCCUCACGCCGCUCCUCCAGAACAGACAGUAACCAGUGUAACAGAUAUAACAGGGGUGUGAGAGCAUGCAACACCAAAUGA